CAAAAUCUAGUUGUACGGUAACAUAUCACGGGCUAUACUGUAAGAACAUUGCACUGGGUAAUUGAUUGAGACUGUGUCAUAUUCACGAAACUGUCGGAAUUUUGGCAAACCUACAUUUUACUUAUCUCAACAUGAAGUGGGCUUCAAAUCAAUACCCCAAUGACCUUAUUCCAAAUCACAAUACAACGCUGUAAAUUGUUUCGUGAUUGGCAAAUUAAAGUGUUGAAAUGUGUAAAAUUCUCGUUAAAUGAUUUCAUGUACCAGUAUAUUUCAUAAACAUCCUUAAUAAUGCAUCACAAUUUAAAAUAUAUAACGAUUUCAUAUCAUAUAUGUAAAUUGCAUGUGAUUAUGAAAUAUUUUGCUAACAUAUCUGAUAAAAUAUCCCCCAUUGCAAAUGUUUUACAAUAUCCUUUUACUGCUAUUGUUAAUAUGGAAAUGCAUCUGAUGGGAACGCGAAGCCUUUGUUGAUUCUAAGUGAAACGAAUCCGUAUUGAUUAGUUCUGGAUUUUUUUUUCAGGGAUUGUACACAGAAAUUCUAACCUGAAUUCCAAGUAUUCGCUACCUGUGAAAACUGCGAGUGAUCAGUAAGGAGCGACAGUUCAUCAUGUCUCGAUUCUUCGGAAAAAGCAAGGAAAAGGACAAGACCCAGAAAUUCUAUGUUGAGUUCUUGGGAUGGGUUGAGAGCCGGGGACUGGUGGGUGAGAAAUACACCCGACCGAUUGUGGAUGACCUCAGGAGAAAACAUCAAAAAUGGAGGAAUGCUCCAAAACUCACACUACAGGUCAGUAAAAGCGAACUGAAAAUAUCUCAAGAUGUUACCGAGAAGAGCAAAAAGAAGUCCAAAACUAUUAAAUUUCCCAUCAUUCCGGUUGAGGAUGUCACGUUCGUUUCACAAGCAAGGCAUCCACUUACUGGCCAACCAGAUGAUAUUGUCGCCUGCAUCUACCUCGGUUACCUCCCCAGGACCAAACGUAGCGUACACGUGCACGUCUACAGAUUUGACUCGGCGCAGACGGCUACCAAAUACGUUGGGAUGCUGCAAGGUGUGAUGGGAAUGGAUGAAGACCGACUCAGACAGGUGGAAUUUAGUUUGAUUGCCCGUGGGGAAAUUGAGGAUCCUAUCAACACCGCAUACGUGUAUCGACCCCGAUCAAGCCCAAGGGAUCCCGGAAUCGGAUCGUCCGAUGGAAUGAGUGAACCAAGAACGGAUUCAGCCCCAGAUUCCACGGCUGCUAGUACAUGCAGCACUAACUCUUUCCCCUCAGACGAAAUUGAACCCGAUCUUAUUAGUUUGCGUGACCAAAUGCCUUUUGAAUCCGUUACUGAUGAACUUAGACAAAAGUUGAACGUGUCAAUGAAAGAGGGGAAACCUUUGUUGUUACCACCUAAAGACUAUGACACCAUUCGACGAAAGCAAGGAGACUUAAAUAAUGUUGACAACAGAAGAUGCUUAAAUUCUAGCAUUGUUGGCAACAUGCCCUGGUCGUCUCCGCGUUCUCGAAAUGUCUCAGACGAAAGCGGAAUCGGAAUGGAAACUCCUUCACCAUCAGAGGAACAAAGGAAAUUCGCAGAUUUUGAUUUUGAUGAAAAUCGUGAAAAUUCUCCACCUUCAAGUGCUAGAAGCUACAGAGAUGAAUUUGUGUACCCCCCUCAGUCUGCCAGGAGCCCAAUGGUUACCAGAGAUCACCAGGCAUUACUACGACAACCAUCUUUCUCAUCAGCAUACAGCAGCCAAAGUUACCGCAGCGGGUCUUCCUCUCAUUCCAACAGUUUCAUAGAAAAAGACAAUAGCACAAUGUAUACAGGCAAACGAUUGGACGUGGAGAUUCCUCCAGCGGACUAUGAUGCAGAUGACGUCGUUGUCAUAGAAAAGAGCAUACGAAGAGCCCCAGAUAUGACAGCUAGCAUGCCUGCCAGCAUGUUCCCGCAGGAUAGGCCAGAAUACGCUUUUAUUGACAAGAAAAGAGCAACCUCUACGAAUACUCCACCGCAAUUUUCGGAAAUAUACUCGCCUCGUGGAGUUGAACACCGGGUGCGGCGGGUAAAUUCGAUGUACAAAUGACAUGUUACACCCUUUAACUUGUAUUCUCAUCAUAAGUGUUGGGAUUAAUUUACGCUGGCAAACUCUCCCGUGGGUUCAAGCGGAUGCCGAAGUUUCGCCAUCUCACUGCCGGAACAGAAGGCGCGUUCAGCUGAAUGUGGAAGGAAGCAGAAUCUGUGAUAGUUCGUGAGGACAUUGUUAUUUGACAGGUGAUGAGAGUUGUUUGGUGUCUUAAUUACCUGUAUGAUGUAAUUGUCCAAUAUUUCCUCUGGCCAGGUUGUCGCAUAGCAUAAUACAGUAAACAUUGAGCAAGAUGACACGAGAUCUAAAUUUCUUUUCAUUGAUAAAAAAAAAUAAGCCUAUGGGGAAGGCAACAUUUUUCAGUAAUUUGUUUAUUGACAUAAUAUCAAAUGUCAGAAAUGGUGCAAUGUUUGUCAAUGAUUGUUUAUUCUACCUUUUGUUUUCAUGCAUUGACAGUAAGCAGUGGCUUCAAAGUAUCAUGAAUUCUUACUUCUUUGGUCUAUAUUUCAAAAUACCUUUAAUAUCUUGUAAUAUGCUUUAUUCAUUCAAUUGCAUGUGGUAGUACUUUAACUAAUCUACUUAGUUGGACGGUUUUUGUGGUUCAAACCAAAUUCCAUAACUAAGCUUUAUUGUAGACUCUCUCAAUUGCUGUGAAUGUCCAGUGUAAAAAAAUAAAUAAAUAGGGUUCCAGUCCGUGGCUAGUGUGCCGUGUCCCAUCCAUUAUCAUAAUGUAUAAUCUGAUCCUUGCACAUGUCUAUCAGAACUGAAAAGUAACAACAGACACAUUUCAGUUUUACUGGUAAAUUUGGCAAAGUUUUUCGAAGAUAAUAGGAAAGAGUAUCAAUAUUACCGGGAAAACAAUGGGCAGGUGCGCGAUUAGGUUAUCCAUGGCCGUGUUGUUACGCUCGAAGAACACCCAAAAGUGUUAAGUGAUCGAAGUCUAGAUUCUUUAAGAUUGUAUUUUUCUAUCUUCUUUGCAAUUAUGAAUUCUAUCUCUUUGGGCUAUAUCUACAAGAAUGCAUUGUAUUGAUUUUAAGUUGGAAAUUCUCCAGAGUAUUCCUAUUCAGCAGGGACACCAUCUUUAAAACACGUAACCAAGAAACGACACGCUACACUUCCCGCAAUAUACAAAAAAAAUAAAUAAAUGUAUUCUGAUCUUUUUUUGAGUUUGGCAACCAUUUGAUAUUAAUGAUUUUCAUUACCAUAUACCUUUUGGUCUUUAUCAAAUCAAGGUUCUCUGAUUGAUUUACGAUUUCCAUGGUUCCCGUCAAUUGAGGGCGACACGGUGCGCUUUGAUUUUUAAUCGCCACUAUUUUCUUUACUUUCUCGGCAAAUCCUUGUCGUCUACAAACUUAUGAUACAGGUGUGAUUUAUGACAAUAUCAAUUGAUUAGGAUUGUUUAUUAGGGCAUUAUGAGACUCGCUAUCUUCAUGAUUUCUUGACAAAAGGGUCUUUUAAUUAGGACUUGCGCCAAUAAAUCGACAGUUUUUGAUAAUUAAAGUGAUAACCACAACAGGUGCUCGAUGAUAAAUUGUGUGUACAUGCCUUUUCGCUAUAGGUGAUUGUGACCAGAUGAUUAUUUUUGUCUUUUUCUUUGUACGAGGCACAAAUGACAAUUAUUCGGUAAAAAAGCAAUGAAUCAUUAUUUUCUCAUUAUAUACAAAUAUACGCAGCAUAUGACUAUUUAUCCUCAUCUAGAUACGGGUACUCCCAGUUCCAUUUCUUUUCUCUUAUUUGUGUGUGAUUAUCCUGAUGAAAAAAGAACGGCUUUGAGUAUGCAAUCAAAACUAUCUAUGUGUGCAUUUGUUCUUGCCAUGUGUAGUAUUCUAACAAUCCGGAAAUGCUCCGUCAUGGAGUUAAAAUGUGCACAGACAACCCUGGGAUUCCCGGGUAACUUACACGUACAUGUUUUAUAGAUUCUAACACUUCAGUGACGUAAUAGCAAAUUGUUUCUAGUUAAAUGUUGCAACGACAACGUACUGGGUACGACUCUUCAAUGUUCACUGUCAAGACUAACAUAAGCUGCCAUAUUUGUUUCUAGUACAAUGUAGUAGAACUGGCAUUAAAAGCACUGUUCAGGGUGAAUACACUUUGAAAAGAAAUUGUCUUUAGAAACAAUGGGUUGACUUGCAUUUAUCAAAUGCCGUGUACAUUUGCUGUCUUGUAUAUAUCUAUUUAUCAUAUGGUCAUGUACAUGAUCAUUGUAAAUGAAACUGAACAGCGAGUUUAUUACGAUGUAUCAAAAGAAAUGUUUUGUUUAUAAAAAUGCAUGUUAUUUUAUUUUUUGUACAAAAUAAAAAGUUAUUUAUAUUUCAAA